AGCGUUGCGGAAUCUCUCAAUAUUUAAAAGAGAGACGCGAUGUUUUCGUCCUUGGCAGAUUUUGAAAAGGGCAAAUAUUUUUUCAUUUAGUUUGAAAAAUCUCCAUGAAAUGCGUGCUGAAGAUUUUUGUGACCCAAUUUUAUUUUCUAUUUCAAUUCAUAGGGGAUUUUGCGGAUGCUGUGAAAGAUUUGGAAACCGCGGUUCGUUUGAAUCCUGGGAAUGAAGAAUAUCGCACUGGACUUGAUGAUGCCAAAGAUCAACUGACUGCCAAAAACACAGUUUUGAUGGCUGUUGUGGCUGUGAGACAACACACUGCUCUGCUCAGCUUGGCCAGAUCUCCACCAGGUAUCACUGUUGGUGGCUGGUUCUUUGGGAGCAUAAAACUUACUUUGAAGCCUGUUGGACACCAGUCCACAAACUCAAUGCUUUUCCUGGCCUUGAUCUUUGCAAUGGCUGCAUUCACAUCCUUGGGUACCACAUCACCUCUGUACAGCAAACACACUGCCAUUUAUGAGUUGUUCUGGUCAAUACAAUACAAUGCUACGAAUCAAAGCGGUGUGGAUUUGGCGUUUGGACAGAGUCUGAUAUUCAAGCAGGAAAUAACUCUUACCAAUGACAGUUGGCUCCAGGUCGAUGAAAACAGCCCUGGGGACAUGUUUCCCAGACCCUGUCUCAUCAAAAAAGGUGGAAUAAGAGUCAAUGUCUUGGCCCACUGUUUCAUCAUUGGGCAUCAUGCCAUCAGGCUGGAUCCCAUGUUCCAUGCAGUAGAGUUCCCAACAGGCAUUGCCCAUUUGAACACCUGCCUGGCCAAUGCGGCGGUGGCGGCAAAGGGGCAGGCGCCGAACCCGGCAACAAGGCCAAACUCGACGGGUGUUCAUGAAUCGGGGAUGGAAGUGGUGGACCACUAUGCCGGGCGGGGAGCCCGGCGGCGGCAAGCUUCCGAAGCCGUAGCUAGAUGGCGCGAUGACGGACUUGAGUGCCUUUGGGCUCACGUAGGUGAUGCUCUUGACACCGUUCGCACCGUGGUGAACGACUCUGACUUUCCCGGGGGUUCCAAUCCCAGUGCCAGUGGGAAUGGACAUGUCAUCCCCGCCGACGUAGUUUUCGUCCUCUAUGCUGGGGCCCUCGGGCUCGGAUAUUUUAUCUUC